CUAGAAAUAUAGCUCACGUUAACAGGUUUUAACUAUUUUGGCCGCGAUGUUGUAGGGAAUAUAUAAUCUAAAACUCAGCAUUGUUUAUUUCCAUUCGUGUGAAUGUAAGUAAAUAUAAAAUAAAAAUAAGAAAAAUGAAUGUUUCAAUACAUAUAGAAAGGGCCUCGGAUUUAUUGUCGGACAAAGGAUCGCGGUCCAUUUUAAUUUCAUGAAACUGGAUCGGCUGCUUCUCGUUCUGGACGUUAUGCUACUGUCAGCGAGCGACUUCCGCCUCGGUUUUGAACACGAUUUUGGGAAGACAGUGGUAUUGAGAUUAGCGGAUUAGCGCUCUCGUCGCCUGCUGCCACUGCGCUCGCCCCACCAGGGUGGGUGUCGACGCUGCUACUGUCUCUUUAAAUUUACCCAGGAGCCCCUUAAGGAGCCCCAGGGGCCCCUAGUCCGGCUCCCCACCCUGAAGACAAGCGAGAGCCUUAAAAUACAUGACCGGAGGCCCGUACCCGGGUGCUCUUCUUCGGUUCUGGAAGCGACUGCGGCGGUUCGUCAUCGGAACCACGAGAGUGUGAUUUUUUUUUUUUUUAUGAAAAGUUAACUUGGGCUCCUGGUUAGUGACGUGAACCUAGCCGAGCCGGACAUGCUGUCAGAGAACAUGAUCCGCUCCACAGCUGCCAAACACUGACGGUAGGGAGACGAGGAGCCGCCGGGGCACCGGGAGCCGCCAGAGUCCGGCGGCAGCGAGACUGGCAGCGGCGGCAGCAGGCCGGUGAUGGAAGAGACGGACAUCGAGCCAGUGGACCUCCGGCGUGCCGAGCACACUGAGCUGCUCUCAUUCAUGAUAGGCGGGGAGGAGGAACCCACGCAGGAGGAGAGUGACCACGCAGAAGAGGAGGGUCUUGCCAAUGGUCAUGGUGAGGACGGGUCUGAAGGGCCCAGGAUCACUCCGCGACCUACUAGCUACUGGAGCAUCACCGAGGGUCCAGACCAGCCUCUGCUCCUCUCCCCAGCUCCUGGACCCUCUAGACUGAAAUCCAGGGUACACCGCGCUUCUCGCCCAGGCCUCAGUCGGAUUCCGGGCCGAGACCACCGUCGCUACUACCAUGAGUACUGGCGCAGCGAGUACCUAAUGGACUUUGACCCGCAGAGACAUGGGAUGAUCUGCAUGGUGUGUGGAAGCUCCCUAGCCACGCUGAAGCUCAGCACCAUCAAGAGACACAUCAGACAGAAGCACCCCGACUCCCUGCUGUGGAGUCCAGCGGACAAGGAGGUGAUCCGCUCUGGCUGGGAGAGCCACCUGAGCCUGGGGGGUGCUCAGAGGCAGUACGGGUCUCCUGACGCUGCUCCCACGUCACCAGAAAGGCAGGAUGAAUUCCUGGAGGCUGGUCAACACUCAGCUGACAUCCUGGAUGCCGCGCAUCAAGAGGACCAGCCCCAACAACGUUUGAGCGCCUCCCCUCAUUCGGAGGCCAGUGACGCGCCCCAGCCUCCAGCGGAGCCGCAGGACCUCUCCACACCUACAGCCAAAACACUGGAGCGAUACUUAAACGACUCGCUGCAUGCCUGGUUCCGGCAGGAGUUCCUGAUGGAGUAUGAGGUAGAGGCCAGCAGGCUGCUGUGUAUGGUCUGUGGAGACCAGCUGCCCUCACUUCAUCUGGACCACAUAAAGAGCCACGUGUUGGACAACCACCCGGACUCUCUGGUGUACAGCUCGGAGGAGAAGCAUUGUGUCCUGCAGGCCUGGGCGCAGACACACGAAGAUACGGCAAACUCGGUCAAAUCGGAUCCUGACGCCAAAGACAGCAGUGUGGAGAUCUUUUCUCAGGAGGUCGAAGCUCUCCACACCAACACUGACUCGUACCCCACGACUGAGGACACUUUCACUCAGGACACGUGUCUGAUCGGGGAGGACGGAGGAGUCGGAGCCCCCCCUUUAGCGCCGGUAUCCUUCCGACAACCCAGGAGGAGGCGUCUGCGGGGUGGGAACCCUUGGAGACUCCGCCUGGACUACAUGGUGGCGUACGGACCGCCGAGCCGCGGGACCUUCUGUAUGGUUUGUUCUCAGGUGCUGCCACAGACCAAAGUCAGCAGUUUCCGCAGACACAUCCAAGAGUGCCACCCCGACACCACCACGCUGAGCCGACAGGAGAGGGAAGCCAUGGCUGCGGCCUGGACCAAAGACUAUUCCACUGAGGACACAUCGCUGAAUCAGGAAGAAAUCAGUGCAGCAGCUGUCCUAAAUUCCACGGGAGACACGAAUGAGGACGACUCCUCCGAGAGCGCAGCGGUGAAGAGGGAGGAGGGGGCUGGCGGAGGGAGGGGCCGACCCCGGGACACGCCCUCCCGCCACAGCCACUAUCCCGGGAAGGACCAGCGCAGGAACUAUCAGGUGCGCUGGCGGAUGGAGUACCUGAUGGAGUACGACAGCCAGAGACACGGCCUCCUCUGCAUGGUGUGCGGAGCGGCGCUGGUCACUCUGAAGGUCAGCACCAUCAAGAGGCACAUCCAGCAGGUGCACCCGCACUCGCUAAGCUACAGCGACGAGCUCAAGCAGCAGGUCAUCAACACAGCACCACAGUUCUUCCACAACAAAGGGCUGAGCGAGAUGCAGCCUGCUGCAGCGAACGAUGGCACUUAGAGAUCCUCCCGCCGGCCGUCUGAGCACACGAUCAGAAACAGCCGCCCGCGGUGCGCCAAAAUGUCUUUCCAAAUCUGAAGUCCAAAUGUGAUGAGCCAUUUCUAGGCUUUGGAUUUUCAAAUCUGGAAUAUCUGAACGAUUGAUAUUAUCGUGGGCAAAGGUGAUAAAACAUUCAGCCAAAGUGCAGAUGAAUCAGCAAUUCCAAUUCAUGAACCGCUGGCGAUAACAUGAGUCAGCAGGUUUCUUAGCUAAACCGUGUCAUAGUUCAUGACUGCUCAUUACUGGGGCAUAAGUCAGUGCUGAGGGUUAAGGAAGCCAUUUUUUCAUUUGAGUUCAAUAUUUGUAGCAUUUUUUUUUUAUUUCCUCGGCUGGGAUUACUGAUGUUAACAGCCUGGUUAGUGUCAAUCCAAGGUAACAUGCGCUGUGCGACCACAUAUCCGAACUAUUAAGUCUGAAGUUGUUUCAGAACAGAUGACAAAAAUACAUUUUCAUCAUUGUCUUUCCUAAAGCUUGAGUGAAUACAGACUGUUGUCACCAAGUUCAUCAUAUUCAUAUUUAUUGUUUAUUUGACUUCACAUUGCUGUUGUCACAGUGGUGGGUAGUUCCAGCACUAAAAAUAGUCCAGUAGCACUUGCAUGAUGAUAAAAACAACUGGUGUGAGGAUUUGAAAGAAGAUCAUUCAACAACACUUUAUAUGUGUAUAAUUCAGCCUGAGAACCAGAUUGAAUGAUAUCCUUUCUUUCUACGUAUAAAAUGACAAGGUGCUCAGCCAAUCGUUCAUAUGUCGCAACGUAAUGGUCUGAUUUUAAAUCAGAUUUAAAGACCAAACAAAGUUUCAUGCUCGCUCUCGUCUCGUCGUUUGAGGGCAGAUGUCGUGUGGUGUAAAGGUGCAAAGCGCAGCAGUUUGGGUCCUGCUUCUGAUCGGUGCUCUGGUCCAGCGCUCUCAGGAAGGUGAAUCUCAGAGGUCUUCAGUGACAAUCCUGCACUUUGCCACAAGUUUCCCAGCCGGGAGACAUUUAGACUUUAAAAUGCUGAAGACAAUGAAAGAGGGGCGAGUGACAGCAAACCGCCAACGACUUUUCAAUUUUCUUGUUUACAUUUUUACGACAAGCUCUUACUCAUCCUCUCCCACAACGAAGACUGUCCUCCAUCUUCACUCACCCAGGAGACGUACCGCACAAAGACCUGUAAAUAUGUGAUGGACUUCAACAAUUACUCCGUUUUGCAAGCACUUUGAUGAAUUCUGGUUUCUACAAUUUGUGUUUGUAAUGAACUUUUCUACUUGGCAGAGGAACUCAUCAGACGUUCAAGUUAACUUCUGCUGUGUCAUGAAAAAAGAUGCCGAUUUUACCGCUCACUCAGAAGAUGUAACUCAGGGAUUCAGUUUUCAUCGGAAGGCAAAAUGUCUAUAACGUGGGAGGAAAUUGGAAGGUGCUGCAUCCUUGUUAGAUUUGGCUGUAAGAAAUGAUCUUGAGUUGUGAUUUUGAGAGUGAAGUUGUGAUUCUGGGGAAAGAAGAAAACUCUGAACCAAAAAUGAUGUGAGAAGUAUAUAUUUAAAGCUAAAAGAGAACAUUAAAUGUUGUUAUAUUUAGUCAAGUUGUAGAGUUACAAAAAUGUGUCUGAACUUCUCUUAUUUAUUUUCUUGUUUCUCAGCAGCUCAAACGCAAAAUUACUGAAGUCAGGAGUUUUAUUUUUAAAUUCAAAUGAUGGCAAUAUAUUUUUUAUUCAUCCAGGUGAAUAAACAGAGAAUGUGUGACAAAGAACCACAGUCUCACUCUUAUUUUUGUCCUAAAAUGACUAAAUAAAAUAAAGCUUAGGAAAGUCUUCCCUCAAAAUCACAACACUUAUUCUCCAGCCUCGUGUUUAGAUCCCACCCUAAAUGUUUGGUUGUAUAAGGUUUCCCUAAUAUAUAUUAUAUUUAAUUGUCACUUGUUCAAAGAAAUGCUGUCUUGUUUUGUGUUUUAUUUCCCCACUCAUUGGUCCUCAAAACUAAGAAGUGGCAGGAGUGAAAAUGUGAGCAUCAUCCACCGGUGGGCUCCAGGAGUCCUGAGCACUUAUUUAAAAUGAAGGACAGCGAUGAUGAGAAGUGUGUUUGUUUGUUGAGUGUUUGUUGAUCUCCUUCCCACUGGUCACGUCAGACGUGUCGCAUCUUCUCCUUCAUGACCUUUGAAUAAAUACUCAACGCAACCAAUCGUCUCGUCUGACUUCUUUUACGGUUCAUUUAAAACUUGUGUUGAAGUUGAAAGCGACUAUUCCACCCACACAUUUUGGUCGGGGUUUGGUCACUGAGACAGCAGUAGAUCAGACAGACUGUGGCGGAUCACUGAGGCCUUCCCAGACCUAGUCUCUUCUGCGUCGGUCCCGG